AAAUAACUAAAACCAUUUCCAUUACGCUCUACUUCUUACUUCCUCCGUAGAUCGCGAAACCGCUCAAGCCUCCUUUUCUAUUCCGCCGCCACCACCGGACCCCUAUCACCGUCGCCAUCGCUGCCGCGGACCCCACUCUCCUCAAUUUUUGCUCACAACUGACAAUCGACUUUUGUGGGAUUCUGUGUUGUGUUCGUCUCUAAUUUUGUGCUCCCUCCUUUUUUGAUGAUUGAGUUUUGUUGGAUGAAAUUUCGGCGAUGAAGAUGAUGAACAACGGCUAUAACAGUAGCUUUAACAGCAAUAGUGUCGGAUUGAUGUCGAGCGCGGCGACGACCGCGGCGUCUUCGUCUUCGUCGACUUCGACGACGAACACCAACUCACAAUCGCAAGGUCUCAAAACCUAUUUUAAAACCCCUGAAGGACGGUACAAGCUUCAUUAUGAGAAGACUCAUCCUCCUGGCUUUCCCCCCUUUUCCCAUGGAAAAUCAGUCUCUCAGGUGACUCUGGCUCAGCUCAAGGACAAGCCGGCGCAGGCUGGUCCAACUCCAAGCUUGAGUUCUAGUACGAGUGCGAGUAGUGGAGUGAGAUAUGCGGCUGCGAAGUUCCUUGGGGUUGGGGGUGGAAAUGGAGUUCGAGCUAUUGGUUUUGCAGGUGGUAAUGGCUCUGGUAAAGCUAUUAAUGGAACUAGUAGGAGCGGCUCACUUGCAGGUUCAAAUGGCAGCCACUCUAUUCUUAACCCCAACUACGAUGGCAAAGGGACUUAUUUGAUUUUUAAUGUCGGAGAUACCAUUUUCAUUGGCGACCUUAAUUCACCGGAUAAGGAUCCUAUAAAGUCCUUGCAUUUUAGCAAUUCAAAUCCUAUCUGCCAUGCGUUUGAUCCUGAAGCUAAGGAUGGUCAUGACCUACUUAUUGGAUUGAAUUCUGGAGAUGUCUACUCGGUUUCUUUAAGACAGCAAUUACAAGAUGUUGGGAAGAAGCUUGUUGGAGCCCAACAUUAUAACAAAGAGGGCACUGUCAAUAACAGUCGAUGUGUCUGCAUUGCAUGGAUUCCAAAAAGUGACGGUGCUUUUGUUGUUGCUCAUGCUGAUGGAAAUUUGUAUGUCUAUGAAAAGAGUAAGGAUGGCAGUGUUGACUCUACUUUCCCUGUCAUAAAGGAUCAAACUCAAUUUUCAGUGGCACAUGCACGGUCCAGUAAGAGUAAUCCAAUUGCUAGAUGGCAUAUUUGCCAAGGUUCAAUCAACAAUGUUGCUUUCUCAACCGAUGGGGUCUAUUUGGCAACUGUUGGUAGAGAUGGAUAUUUACGGGUAUUUGACUAUUUGAAAGAGCAAUUGAUAUGUGGUGGCAAAAGUUAUUAUGGUGCUCUUCUAUGUUGUACAUGGAGCGGGGAUGGAAAAUAUAUUUUAACUGGUGGUGAAGACGAUCUUGUCACAGUAUGGAGCAUGGAAGAUAGGAAGGUGGUGGCAUGGGGCGAGGGACAUAAUUCAUGGGUCAGUGGUGUGGCUUUUGAUUCAUAUUGGUCAUCACCAGCUUCAGAUGAUACAGAGGAAAAUGUUGUAUACCGAUUUGGUUCAGUUGGUCAGGAUACGCAAUUACUCCUGUGGGACUUGUCAAUGGAUGAGAUUGUGGUUCCCCUUCGGCGCUGCCCUCCCGGUGGAUCCCCAACAUUUAGCGCCGGAAGCCAGUCCGCUCAUUGGGAUAGCAUUACACCAUUAGGCACUCUUCAACCUGCUCCAUGCAUGAGGGACGUUCCUAAACUUUCUCCAGUAGUAGCUCACCGUGUCCAUACUGAACCCUUAUCUGGCAUAAUAUUUACCCAAGAGUCUAUUCUCACAGCAUGCCGAGAAGGACAUGUGAAGAUUUGGAUGAGACCGUCCUCUGAAACCCAGUCGAGCAACUCGGAAACCCUUGUCUGUUCUAGCAUGUUGGCAGGUCCCAAAGUUGGAUCCUCUACUUUGAAAUAGUGUUGCAAAAUUGCAGUUUCGACAUACCCGGGGAUCCCCUUGUCGGUUCUAGCAUGUUGGCAGGUACCAAAGUUGGCUCCUCUACUUUGAAGUAGUUUUGCAAAAAUGCAGUUUCGGCAUACCGGGAUCUCGCUUGUACAUGAUUGUACCGGUCCGUCCACCCACUUGGAUCUUGCUAUUUGGCAAAGGGUGACGGGACAGUUUUUUGAGGUCUUCCUUUCUAAUUCUAGAGAUUAGGAAAGAGUAUUACAUUUGCUCAGCGUAUUAACUCGCUUCGUAUUUGCAGCGGGAUUAACCGAUGGCUCUGCUUGUAAACUCUUGUUUGACAUAAAAUAUGGCCAUAGAAAAUGCACAGGCUAUUGUCACACUUAGCGGGUAUGUAACAUAACUUCAGUAUAUCUUAUAAUAGAUGGGGGUCGAUGAAGACGAUGACGAAAAUAAGUUCAUUUGAGGAAAAACUGAAGGUAUAUGAUUGCCUAGCAAUAAUCAAUUUAUGGCAUGGAAUCGCCUCCUAAUGGAUUUGACUGCCAUUGUUGGUUGCUGAUCUUGUCUAUCUCCAUGGUUAAAUUGCAAUCUGGAAUCUGUCAGUUUCAUAUCUGCUUGUAAUUUUCUGCUUUUUUUUUCCCAUCAUACAAAUGUAUCUAUGAUUCAUGCUCUAGUUCAUAUUGAACAUUGAAAUUGUGGAUAUUAUGUAAAA